UUUUGAACCAGUGGUUAAUGCGCGGACUUCAAAAUCGACAUUUGAUGGCGAACCGUAAAAGAAACAGGCCAGAGGAUUGGGAGGAUUUAGAGCCAUCUCCAGUUAUUCAUAUACGGGAGUUGCCAGAACAUACUCUUGAGCUAGACUUAAUUAGAGUUUUCGAACAGUUUGGCUCAAUUAGGGAUAUUGCAAUGAUUCCACAUAAAGGUCAAGCACUAAUUGAAUUUGAUGACAUUAAUUCCGCAGAAAGAGCUGUUGCAAGAUGUUCAGAGAAUGCCGUGAUGUUUGCUAAUCAUAGAUUAAAAGUUAAUUAUAGUACAUCCAAACGUGUGGUCCAUCGACCUCUAGAAAAUGAUAACCAGCAUUCCGAAUUGCCACCCGAGAGCCGUGUACUUAUGUUAACGGUUUACAAUGCUCAAUAUCCUAUUACAGUCGAUGUUAUUCAUCAGAUUACAGCCAAACAUGGACGCGUUUUACGCAUUGUCAUUCUCCGCAAAACGCGAAUACAGGCUAUGGUGGAGUUUAAAAAUACGGAAGAGGCCCGGACUGCUAAACGGCAUCUUAAUGGAGCUGAUAUAUAUUCUGGCUGUUGUACACUGAAGGUCGAGUUUGCUCGUCCUACUCGCUUGACUGUCACUCGCAAUGAUCAAGAUUCAUGGGAUUUUGAAAAUCCACUAUUGCUGUCUACCUCACUUAAUGAAUCUGAUGGGCGUGGAGAUAUCUCUCUAUUAGGACGAUUUGAACGUUCACGUGCUCGGCACGAAAGCUCAAGGUCUGUUAAUGGUGGCGGCUUCGGUUAUCAUGAUGGCUUCAUUAAGCAGAAUGCUGUCGGGCUUAGUGUCCCACCGGCUUCGUUCUUGGACCAGUUGGCUUUAAAUUACCACGUAUCAAGGCGUGGUCUCGAUGGAUUGAAUGGUCAACCUUAUGCUAGGGCUUCAACUGCUGUCAUAAUGGUAUAUAACAUGGAUAUGGAUCAUAUGAAUUGCGACCGCUUGUUCAACCUUCUUUGUCUCUAUGGUAAUGUUGUUCGUAUCAAGUUUUUGAGGACUAAAGAAGGAUCAGCUAUGGCGCAAAUGGGCGAUAACGUUAGUGUUGAUCGUGUCAUUACUAACCUGUCAGAAGUCCCAUUGAUGGGCAAUGCAUUGUCGAUUCGUCCAAGCAAACAACAACUUAUCCUGGACGUACCGAAACCUUUUGAAUUACCAGAUGGUACCCCAUCUUUUAAAGAUUAUUCAGGGUGUCGUGAAAAUAGAUAUAUAAAUCCAGACAAGGCGAGUAAAAAUAGGAUUUAUCCGCCAUCACAUACUCUGCAUUAUUGGAAUUGUCCUCCGAAUUAUACCCCAGAGGAACUGCGCAAGUUGAUUGUUGAAUGUGGUGCUUCACCACCUCGCCAAAUUGCACCUUUCCCAAGGAUUAGUGAUAGGUCCUCUUCGGGCCUUGUAGAAUGGGGAACAAAAGAUGAAGCCGUUACUGCCCUUGCUUUGUGCAACCACCAAGCUAUUCCAAACACCGAAGGACGUUAUCCAUAUCUUCUUAAACUGUCAUUUUCAAGCUCUCCUGUCAACGAUCGAGCAUUUUCAGGUUCGAAAAAGAUUGGCUCAUCAACUAUUGGAAAGUCAGCAGCAUCCGUAGACUCUAGCGAGUAUGAAUAGUUAAUGGGUACGUUAGGUGGUACUUGUUUGAAUUUGUUAAAGUUUAUGGUUUUUUAUCCAUUCCUUUUUGUUUGCUGUGUCAUCAAUCUCACCGCUUCCUUUGCAUAUAUAAUGCAGCUUUAAGAUACUCUUGAAAUCGUGUUAUUAUUCCGUUCGUAAAAUAUUUUACUAACAAGGCUCAUUAUAUAUAUAUAUAUAAACUUGUUUUGGUUUGAUUGUUGAGUUAAUUUUCUACUGUAACUAAAAAAAGUAUCCUUCGCAUCGUCAUUUUUACACAAUGCAUUUGUUUUGGAAGUUCAUUUUGACCAUGUGUCUUUUGUAACGAUCCAUCUUUCUGAGUUUUAUAAAUGACACAAGUUCUCUUAAGUAUUCCUACAUAAACUUGGGUGUUGGUGUUCCUUUGUUAAUAAUUCCAGUUAUUUUGUUUCAAGAAGCUUCAAACACAGUCCUACCUAUUUUUGAGACCUUUCUAUCAAAGCCGCACGCAAUCAUAAUUUUCUGCUUCAAGUUAAUUUAUGAGUGGUGCGACAGGAAACACCCCUCCAUGUAAUUGUUGUAGUCAACGUUGCUAUCGGUAAAUUGCUAUCCGUUUAUCAUUUCCCUUUGUGGUUAGUUUGAAAGCGUACAAGUGAUAAACAAUGGUGUUCUUAUUGUUAUCUGGUUUUGCAACCUCAAGUGGUGUCCAACACGGUUGUAAACCAUCUUCAUUUCUGUUUAAUUUCAUCAUACACCUACUGCCGGGAAUAAUGUUCUCGUCGACUGAAUUUUCACGAAUUUGAUCUUCCAGAUGGUUCACUUAUCGACUUACAAUACUGUUACCAUUCGUAAUUCACCGGGGGAUAUAACAAAUACACAGGUGACACAGUUUUGUUUGGUGAAGACUGUUAAAAUCCAGAGUCCUUUGGUAGCACUUAGUAAUAAUGCUGGGAUAUUUGGAAUUCAGUUCUCCCUUUCUAAAUACAAGUUGUUGCUUCAGGACUGGCUUGCGUCAACACCUAAACUAAAGAUAAGGAGUGAAGUAGUCGAACGCGUCGACAACUUCACUUAUCUUGGAAGUCUGAUCAGCCCUAAUGAGUUAGUGUCUGACGAAAUCUCAGCACGGAUUCAGAAAGCUCGCUUGGCCUUUGCCAACUUCCCCCACCACCUAUGACAAACGCGAGAUAUCCGUCUAUCAAAUAAGGAAUGAGUACACUGAGCAGCAGUUUGCUUUGUUCUACUUUACGACUGCUAAACAUGGCUAUUAAGAGUAGAAGAUACUCGUAGGUUACUAGUAUUUGACCACAGAUGUCUUAGAAAUAUUGCUCUCAUCUGCUGGGAUCACCGUAUAAACAAAAGUGAGGUUAGACGCAGGAUAUUAGGGAAUGAUGGUAAAUCAGUUGUUAAGGUUGUAAAUCUUCAUCGACUGAGAUGAUUGGGCCACGUGUUACGUAUGCCUGAACACCGAUUACCACGACACGCUAUGCUGACUAGUGUAGGGGAUGGUUGGAAAGAGUCAGGGGCGUCCAAACCAAAACGUGGCAUCAGUCGUUGAAGUCACAAAUUUCUAGUCUGAGACAUGUUGGUAGAUGCAGACUAUUUGAUUGUGGUCCGCGUGACUAUGGUAACCGGUGGAUGGAGACUCUUAGUGACAUGGCUCAGAAUCGAUCACAGUGGCGUAGGUGUAUACACUCUUUGUCUUCGCUUAAACUAAGAUUAAAAUUACCUUAUACCUUUCUUUCUUCCUGUACUAUAUCCUUAUAUACAAUCUUUCUAUUAUAUAUUAUUACCAUUGAAGUAACUACAUGAAUUCUGUGUUUAUAUUGCUGUGCUAAUGAGUUAUGACAACUUGGACCGAUGUAUAUAUGUACCUGGUCCUACGUUGUUUGACUGACUGUUAGUUGUUAGUCCUUUUGUAGUCUUCCAGUUCUUUCAAACACUUACUAUCCUUUGUUGUGCUUGGCGUUCAUUCUAGUCUGAUACUGAUUUGAACGCUUACUGUAAGCUGGUCCAAACAGCUACUGUUAUGAGAAAACUAAAAAAAGCGAAUUAAAAGCUUUUAUUACCUUGCGCUCAAUGAAGUACAUGUACAAACUCAUUCAUUCAUGUAGAUGUGUCUCUUUGAAAAUCAAGUCAGGUUCUCUACUAAAAGCGUGAACCUGUUAAAAUUUCUCCCUUGAAAUGGUACGCCUAACCUAAUCUACAACUUUGCCAUAAAACAGUACUGACAUUUCAAAAGCUUUAAUUUUUUGAUAAUUGUGUUAGCGGAACAUUCGUUUUUCUACUAAAUAUAAACGGAUAACCUGGAUUACAGGAAAGGAAAAAGUGUAAUAUGGAACAUAAGUUGUCGCGCUACCGUAAAUUUUAAAAUGGGGUAACAAUAGCCAAGAAAUAGUUCAAGUUAAAAAAUUGUUUUCGGGUACACAAACAUGGUUUACACUUUUAAUGCCCAAUACUUCCAUCUGUUUAGCAGUGCACCCUUGAUAAUUCCUACACAAGGCUUAAAAAGCUGUUUUAAUGUCAAUCUUAUAACCUGUUUUAAUUGUUUUGCCAUCGCGGAGCAUGAUUUUACUCCUACGUUUAUCGAGGUGUUGGACACCAAUUGAUCAUGAAACAAUUUCGAAACAUGUUCUACCACGUGUUCAUUUGUUAUUGCACGAUGUGUGAUAUAAUUGUUUAUACUGUGUUGAGGCCUAUCUGAAACUACUUGUUUAGUCUGCUCAUUAAUAAUCAAUUUUGUAGCACAGUAUCUUUUUUUCGACGGCCGCUUCUAGUUUCUGCCGCAAAAUCAUGCUGUUUGAUUCCUCUAUAUAAACUUUAAAGAGCAUCUGUUUGAUGUCAUUUUUUCAGUCAUCCAUUUUAUAUCCUCUUCAAUCGUGUCUAUAUUUCAGAUCCGUUGAAUCUUAUUGCAUUUACCGACUUGCAUGUGUGUGAAUUCAUACAUGCAGAGGAGUAAUCGAACAGUACCAAUCAAGGAUGAUGAAAUAUGUGUUAAAGUGGUUUCAUGAUCAUUUAGUUUUGAACAACUCGAUAAACUCGAGUGGGAAAUCAUGCUCCUCGAUGGCAAGAUACAAUUUAUUCUUUUUUUGUUUUGUUGCGAAAAGUGACAACCCUAAAUGGCUUUUGGACAUGAUUUCUGCGUUGUCUUCAUUAAAACUGUUUCACUCUUCAGUUUGUCACUUUGUCCAUUCGUGCCACCACGCUAUCGUGUUUGGUAAAUAUCUCUUAUGAUUAGGUUGUAUUGUUUAUAGAAGAGUUUGCGUUGUGUUAUUUACUCAUCGAUGCGUCUUCUCUCUGAACCCUCAACCAUUUUCCACGUAUUUGUUUUCGUUCAUGAUUAUGUGUACCUUUUUCGACUCAAAAAUGUCAUCGAAUGGCACUUCUGUUCAUCUCUAUGCCUUACAACUUUAGUUUAUGAAUGAAUAUCUUUUGAGUUUGAAAAUUUCUUUAUUGAUACUGACGUUUUUAAUCCAUACAUUACAUGACACACGUUCUGUACAUUACUUCUACCAAUUAAAAAUUCCAUUUCCUGUAUAAAUGUUAAAUACAACUAACGAAUUUCACCAAUGCAUAUGAAUACAUUUAUGCUCAACUAGCAUAUAAAAAUAACAUGCAUUGGGGUCACAGCGCUUUCUACUAAAUAUCAAGCUAUUACAUAUAUUUAUUCAUCUUAUCCACUAAAUUAAAAAUUUGUAAUCAAAUCAGUUUUUUGCAGUCAGAUACUGAUUAGUUUAAUGGAUUAUCGAUUCAGGUUAGCCGAAUUUUAUUAUGAAUUCUGGUAUUAUGACGUAACAGUCCGUGGGUUUCAGUUAAAAUAUACUUUUUCCCAGUGGAUUAUUGUCCACAGUUGUUAUUUCCCAGUAGUACUAUAAAUCAUUUUAUUUUAGCUAAUCAGAAGUGAACUGUUCAUGUUAUCAUAUAUAAGUGACAUUCUUUGAUUAACCCUCACCUAUGCGUCGUUGUACGGUUUAUUUAUGUUUUUAAUUCAACUGAAUAUAACAUGGGAUUUCUGAAUAUUUGGAGUUUCUUCAAUAAAACUUUUGUGACAGGAAAAUUUAUAUUAUCUUCAAUGUUUAGUUUAGUUAGCUAGUUUUCAAUGAGAUUGUUAAGUUCUAUCCAUGGUUAUGGUACCCUAAUAUUCAUGUUUAAAGAUACUCACUAAUAUCGUUCGAAUGAAUUCAUUUGACUAGUUCUUCUCUCUUGAUUGAACUCAUGGUUCGAUAUACUAAGAAUCAAUCAUUCUCUUGUUUUCUUUGCACUGUUUAUUCGGCUUCUUUUAGUUUCAUUUUUUCGUAAUAGAGUAAUUGGUGUCAAGACUUCUUGGGUUUACAAUCUGGUGAUAUUUUACCACAUUAAAAGACUUUGUUACUAGUUUUUUGAAACUUAAAUAACACCUUUCAGUUUGUGUAGAAUUCUACUUUGUCAUAUUUUCUUACGUGGUUUUUCUGACUAUUUUCUUUACUCAUGGAAUAUGGUUUGAAAUAGUUUUCGGGUUAUGUAAAGUAUUUUGUCAGUAAGCAUAUGGUUAAUUUGUUACAAGGUGUUCAUAUUACAUUGUAAUAACAAUAUUUUAAUUUGACAUUUGAUGUACAUAAUUCUCAAAACAUUUAUUAUAAAUUCAUGGCCAAAUGUCAUAGCAAACUAGACAAGUUAAAAAUAUCCAUGCACUAAUUGUUCAUUGUUUCCCCCAUCAGACUAUCCGUUCAACAUAACAAACGAACACAGCAUUUGUCAUCAAAAUUUAUUAUCAUAUUCUUCACAUGGUGAUUCCUGUGGUACAACAGUCAACGCAGUCGCACUUUGUAUUCAACUAAAUUACAUAAUCGCAUAUUGAAGCUGAACCACACACCAAUCUACAACGUCAAUUUAUUAUCUCAAUUUAUUCAUAUUGUCAUUCUUCUCCCUUCUGUUUAAUUAGUCUUCAUCUAUAUCAAUAUAUACAUCAUUGUCAUUUGUUAAAAUUAGUGUGCCUAUUACUUGUCGCUUGCCUAUUUGCUUUAACUAUUUCUAACUGUCACUCAUGAUUAUUGAGAUAGCAUUUUUAAAAAUUUCUAAUACAAUUUUGAUGCUAACUGUUUUCUGUUUAACUGACUAUAUGUUUAUGUGUUCCUGACACAGUUAUUCUGAUGCUUAUUUGCCUGCUAUUUUCGCAUUUAGGACUUAUAAGUGGGUAAAUUUUUCAUGUUUUCUCAGUAAACAUAUAUUCUGAAUAGUUAAUUAUCGGUUUUAUGUCUGGUUUGACUAUUCUUACUGGUUUUGUUGAUUUCAACAUACCACUAUUUUAGUGAUCAGUGUACUUUGUCAGUUACCAUAUAUAAUUUGCAGGUAAUUUUUGUUUGUUUGUGCGUUUUCUUUGACUAUCCCUAGUUGUGCAUACUUUGUUAGUGCAUUUGAAAAUUAUAUACACAAAUAAAAACAUUCCCUUAACAAUCAUACACAAAAAUAAAUGUAAAAGGCUCUUCAUUUAUUUUACUGUAUAAUCGACAACAUCAAUUUCUCAUCUGCUCGAUGUAGAUUUAAAUAAAUCAUGCGGAAGUAAGAUUUUUGAGAAUAAUUAAAAUGAUCGCAAUCUAUUAAACAGCUGAGCUUUGCACGUUUUUUAAACAUAUAUUUUCAGUAAAACCCUCAGAUCAGAAUAUUACAACAUACUUUCAUCUAAACAUUAUACAGAUUUCUUUUUAUGGACGAAUAUAAUGAAAUCCCAACCUUGAUAUGUUGAACAACAUAUUUUUGUGCAGUAUUCUGCGUUGUAUUAUGGUCGUCUAAUCAUCAGUAUACUUGAUUGCAUUUAUCACAUCCAACUAUAGAUUAUAUAAUGUUCUUUUGUCUUUUGCAUACCAUUAACUAAAACGACUGUUUGAUCCAGCAUAAAUUAGGUUAAAAAUAUACAGUAGAACAAUAAAAUAUCAUUACCAAUUAUAUAUUUGAAUUUAUUUCAACUGAUGUCUGCGGUACAAUUGAACUGUAUGUGUUGCAUUGAUAUUCGUAUUUCAGCAUGUGUAUACAAAUGUGAAGUGCUGAAGUGGAAAUGUGCAGAAGUAUAUGUAAUUUCAGUAUCACUUCCGUAGGUGUUUAGUUUACUGCUUCACUAUUUACAUUUUAAAAUUUUGUCUUCCAUAUUAGAUCACUUCGACUACCUCAAGUCAUUAUUAACAUGUGCGAUUUUUCCUAACAUCUAAGCCAACUUUUAGCUAAUCAAAAUCAUUAGGAAUUUCGUUUAUUGUGUAAAAAAAUUACCAAAUAUUCUAGCGUUUUUCGCCUUGUUUGAUUUUAAUCAUUUUAGACAGUUUCCUUCCGUCUUUAUGUAUUAGUUUCUUGGUGAUUGAAUAAAAAAGAUAUCUUCUGUUUAUGUAAUAAAAGUUUUUCUAGCAUCCAGAUGAUACAUUUUGUCCU